AUGAAAUUUCUCAAUUGGACGAAAUGUGCUAUAAUUUAUGAUCAGAAUAAUGGUUUAAUACAACUGCGUGACCUCCUGAGUCUUUCACUUGAUAUAGAUAUUCUUAUAAAAGCUGUCGACAGUGCUUCUUAUCACGCAAUCUUACAAGAGCUAAAAGAUAAAGAAAUUUACAAUAUGAUUGUGGACAUUCACAAAACCGACAAUAUGGCUGACUUUUUGAAAGCUAGCCUGCAUCACCAAAUGAAUGACUUCAAGUAUCACUACUUGUUUACAUCACUUGAUUUGGAGACAUUCGAGAUGGAAGAUUUUCGCUAUAAUUUCGUUAACAUUACAGCGUUCCGUCUCAUUGACACUAGUGAUAUUUUUCUUAAAGAGACAUUAAAGGAAAUGCAGCAAUUUGGAAGACAACAAAACAUUAGAGUAAAAAAAAACUUGGCAUUUGAGGCAACAUCAACACGAAUAGUAGGAUGUUCAUGGUGGUUUUUCAGCUUAAUCAUUAUAUCAUCUUACACGGCAAAUUUGGCAGCAUUUUUGACUGUUGAGAGAAUGAUAACACCAAUUGAGAAUGCUGAGGAUUUAGCUGGACAAACAGAAAUCAGUUACGGUACACUUGAGAGUGGAAGUACAAUGACAUUCUUUAGGAAUAAAAAGCCAUCAGUUUUUGUACAUACAUACGAAGAAGGAAUUAGGCGAGUGCUUGAGGGAAAUUACGCAUUUCUAAUGGAAAGCACGAUGCUCGACUACGAGAGACAAAGGGAUUGUAAUUUAACACAAAUUGGCGGUUAUGGCAUUGCUUUACCGAAAGGCUCAAUUUGGAGAGAUAAAAUAUCUUUAGCAAUUCUCGAAUUACAAGAAAAGGGGGAGAUUCAAAUGCUGUACGAUAAAUGGUGGAAGAAAACAGAAGAAACUUGUAUAAGAGACGAGAAGCAGAAGGAAACGACAAAAGCAAAUUCUUUGGCGCUGAACAACAUUGGUGGUGUUUUCGUGGUAUUACUAUGCGGCUUAGCGUUUGCUGUUCUCGUCGCCAUCAUCGAGUUUUGUUAUAAAUCAAGAAAAGAAAACUUUAAUGAUCCAUUGAAUUUAUUACAUUCAAAGAGCUCAUUGUGUGCUGAAUUAAGAGAGGAAUUAUGCUUUUCAUUAAACUGUCGUAAUGCAAACCAUCAGCGGCAAGCAUUUAAGCGACAUAAUGUAUGUCAUGAGUGUCAAGCAUCGAAAAAUUUAUAUUUACAGACUAAAUCUCAACAGACAAACAUGAUAAAUGAUGUUAUCUAAUGAAAAUGUUUACAUUUCGAAAUUACAAAAUAAUAACAAU